AAAUCGUUAAAAAUCAGAAAAAGAGCUGGUUGGAUUUGUCAAAGGGAGAUUAGGGCUUGAAGUUUGCGCAGGAGAAAAAAGCAGCGAUGGUGUGCGAAAAGUGUGAAAAGAAGCUAGCGAAAGUAAUAGUUCCAGAUAAGUGGAAGGAAGGAGCCAGCAACACCAACGAAGCCGGUGGACGUAAAAUCAACGAGAACAAACUCCUCUCUAAGAAAAAACGAUGGACACCUUAUGGAAAUACCAAGUGCAUCAUUUGCAAGCAGCAAGUGCACCAGGAUGCCAAGUACUGUCAUACAUGUGCUUACAGCAAAGGAGUAUGUGCCAUGUGCGGUAAACAAGUUCUUGACACCAAGUUUUACAAACAAAGCAAUGUAUAGCAUAUAACCGAUGCUUCGCUCGUGCUAACUGCUAGAUUUGAUUCUGCUAUUAAGAACUCAUGGAAUUGUUGCUGGGGCUAUAUAUGAUGUUAAAGAAUCAUCUACAACUGAUGUAAUGUACUUGAUGGGUUUCUUCUUCAAUCCAAUGUAUUGUAAAUUGGACUUGAAAUAUUCUGUUUUAUCAGUUAGUCUUUGCGAAUUGGACUUUCCAAUUCUAAAUUCUGUAUUAAUUGUUGCUUGAAUUGGUUAUCAUUUUCAGAUAUGGUUUCUUUUGUCAAAUUUGCAAAGUUAAG